AUGUUGUAUUUCCUUAAAGUAGACUCGAAAGACUGGACCCUAGAGAAAGCAAAGGAGUUUUUUCUGGGGUACGGUACCAACCACAAGAAUGACACGAGACUUCUACAUGCCUGUUCAGAGGCAAUAGUUGAAGGGGUUAAUUUUUUGCCAAUUUGCUGCAGAAAAGCCCAACGAUUGCUGCAGCAAUUGAAGAAAGAGGAAAAGUACGCAAAGGCCAGCAAACCCACCAGUCCCUCAAAACAAAAAAAUGUCACACAGAGCCAGAAAAACGGCAAUUUCAAUCUUAAUGGCUCCAACUCCAUUCAAAAUAUCGUACAAACUAUAAACCUUGGACAAGCACCCGAAGAAAUUAACGCUGAGAAUGUCAGGGAGCAGCCAUCAAGUCUUAAAAGAAAAUUUGAGCACGAAUAUCUGGAAGGUGGCGAAGGUCCGGUGACAAUCACAGAAGAUACUAACAAUGUAAGACUUGUGUUAUGA